AUGGGUUGGGGUCUCAUUGGACUAAUUCAAACAUCCCCGGAGUCUGCUGGAAUAUUUUUGUUCAUCAAUCGCUUCUUCAAGUCCCAGAAUGUGAAUUCAUUCGUUGAAGAGGCAAAAAAGAAAAAUUUUUCUGAUGAAGAGAUAAACCACGUAUUAUCGUACUUUGCUUCGGUGUUAGGCAACUUUGGAAAUUACUUGUCUUUUGGAGAUACCAAGUUUAUUCCAGCUAUCAGUCUCAAAAGAGUAACUGAACUGUUAUCGCUGAACAAUGCAUUCUGUGAUCCAAAAACAGGACUUAAGGCUUUAUGGGAAGAAAUAGCGCCUGCGAUGUAUUCAUUGAGCCCUCGACGUUUGCGCCUUGGAUUCGGUCCCAGUGAAAUAACUACUUACUACUCUGGAAACUGUACGCGUAGUGAUGCUGAGUUGAUUCAGAAGUAUCUGGAAAGUAUAAAAACGGAGGCGUAUAAUACAAGAGUCUUCAAAAAUAUCAAUUCCAACUCAGUUAUUUAUUCUGUUCGGUUUGCGUCAGCUGAAAAAAGAGUCCAACCUGUUUCUUUCGAUGAUCUCCCCGUCAACACAUCUUUACAUCUUGAGUAUGGUGACUAUUGUGAGCUUAUGAAGCUACUUGUUGAUUGUUGCAUAGAAUCCAAAACACACUCUUUAAACAAAGUUGAAUCAGAAAUGUGGCAUGAAUAUGCACAGAGCUUUGCCACGGGCUCGGUAGCCGCUCACAAAGACGCUUCAAGAUUGUGGGUCAAAGAUAAAGGCCCCGUAGUUGAAAAUUACAUUGGCUUUAUUGAAACAUACCGUGAUCCUUUUGGUGUACGAGCUGAAUUCGAGUCAUUUGUAGCUGUUGUUAAUCGAUCCAUGUCGUCAAAAUUUCAGCGACUGGUAAAUAAAGCUGAAGAGUGCUUGUCCCACUUACCAUGGCCUGCUACAUACGAAAAAGAUAGGUUCUUACAACCAGACUUUACAAGCUUAGAUGUAGUGACGUUCGCAACAUCUGGAAUCCCUGUUGGAAUCAACAUUCCCAACUAUGAUGAUGUUCGCCAAGUUGAUGGAUUUAAAAAUGUUUCCUUGGGCAAUGUACUUAGUGCUCGUUUCAAGGAUCCUAAAUCAGAAUUUUUACGUAAUGAAGACAAAAAAAUGUAUGUGGACAAUGUCGAAAGCUCCUUUGAACUGCAAGUUGGACUUCAUGAACUGUUAGGGCAUGGUUCUGGCAAACUAUUCCAACGUGACUGUGAUGGUAAAUUAAAUUUCGAUACAAAUGCUACGGAAGAUCUCAUAAAUGGAGGUUCGGUGCAAAGUUGGUAUGAAGCAGGAGAAACGUAUGAUAGUAAAUUUUCAAGCCUAUCUUCUGCAAUAGAAGAAUGUCGAGCUGAGUGUGUUGGAAUUUAUUUGUGCAAUAUACCUCUUGUUUUGGAACAGUUUGGUUUAAAUUCUAAGUGUGCUCCAGGUGAUGUUGCCGAUGUAGUUUAUAUCAAUUGGUUAUCGAUGAUUCGUUCGGGCGUGACUUCAAUGGAAUAUUUUUCACCAGCAGAAAAUCCUACUGAUAUUGGAUCAUGGCGUCAAGCACAUUGUUGUGCUCGUUAUGCAAUUUUAAGGGUUUUGGUCGAAGCUGAUGAUUCUAUGGUGCGUAUAGAAGAAGUCGUUGGUGAAGAUGGUGCACCAGAUUUAAGUAUUUUCUUUGAUCGUGAAAAGCUGCUGACUGUAGCUCGUCCAGCAAUUGGUGACUUUCUGAAAAAACUGCAAUAUUACAAAAGUACUGCCAAUGCCAAAGAUGGUUGUGCUUUCUUUCAACAUUACAGUCAAUUAUUACCAGAUCAUAUGAAAUUGCGUAAAAUUGUAAUUGAUCGUAAAAAGCCACGACCAAUUUUUGUUCAAGUUGGACUUCGUCAAUCGCCCAAUGAUGAUGUUGAGUUGAUCACAUAUCCUACUACCUAUCCUGGUGUAAUACAAUCUUUCAUCGAUCGUUAUAAUGAUCUACCUGUAGGACAGAAAGCACUUGAUGCUCUAGAAAUAAUUUGGCGAAGAGAAAAACCUUAUUUUGAGGAAAUUCCACUUUGAUAAACUAUAGUUUGUAUGUCGAAUAAUUUCUUUGGGUUUGAAAUAUGCUAUUAUUCUUUGUCCGAUUGUGUUGAUAUA